GGUGCUGCAGUGAGGGCAGCGUCACCGCCCGUGCGGACACGGCGCCUUGGCGCAGGGGAGAAGGGCCCAUGCAGCUGCUCUGCUGCCGCCGCCGCCUCCCAGCCCCGCUCGCUCGGUCUCCCUGGGUGCCCGCCUGCCGCGCGGGGCCGGACCCCCAGCACCGGAGCCCCGAAAGCCUGGCGCUGGGCCUCUCGGCCGCGCGGCCCUCUCCUCGAGGGGCAGCCCGUCCGCGCUCGUCCCCCCUUAAACCACCUGCAGGCGCUUCCUUCCCGCUGGGCUUCUCGGUCCCGGCUCCUCGGUGGUCGGUCCCCUCGCCGCCACGCGCUCCCACCCCGCGUGGCUGGAGCAGCUGGCACUGCGCCCCCCCGACAUUCCUGCCAGCUGGAGUCCCUCCUUCCUUCCCCGAGGCCGUGCUGGGUGGCCCCGGCAGCGUCCUGCACGUCACGUCGCGCGGUGCGGAGGAGGGGCGGCGGCAGCAGGAGCACGAGCAGCAGCAGCAGCAGCAGGAGCAGGAGCAGGAGCAGGACCCAGCCGAGCAGGACCCAGCCGGGCCCGAGGAGGAGGAGGAAGGAGGAGAGGCCUUCUCCUUCAAGUACAGCCCCGGGAAGCUGCGGGGGAGCCAGUACAAGAGGAUGAUGACCCAGGAGGAGUUGGAGGAGGAGCAGAGGAUUGAGCUGACCUCUGACCUCACUUCCCUGUAGCAAGUUCCUUAGGUCCUGAGCCACAAACACUCUUGCAAAUCCUUUUGAACUGAAGAGUGACGAAGUUGCCCCUAGCGCCCUCCUACAGGCUUUUCCACUUGGCGCCCUAAAGGCCUGAGAGAUAAGACGUACCCCCCAGAGGGCAGCCUUGCAGGCUCCCAGGCGCCCCGUGCCCGCACAGUGCCGGCACGCGGACGCUCGGACAGGACGCCCCCCUCAGCCGACGGCCCGGGGGACGCCUCUGCGCCCCUGCUGUCGGGGCGUUCCUCCUUGUCAGGUGGCUGGCUUCAUUACACCGAAGGGUUUUAAGGGUCUGUUCUCACUCCCUGCCCCCACACACCCUGCACACCUGGGAACGCCACGGGCGCGCCAACUCCGUCAUUUUUAAAUCCGGAGAGUUUUAUCCCGGCCCUUGCGCUUUUUCCUUCCCUGAAGCCCAACCCGGAAAGGCUCUGAGAUGCGGGGGACAGAGGGGACCGAGCAGGGCCACCGCCCUCCCCUGCCUGGCGCAGCCGCUGCCGACUGAGCGGCCGAGAACCAGGGCCGGCCCCGAUGCACGGCUGCCCGUCUUUUCCCGUCCGGGGCGGCGCGCAGCAGCCCUCCGGGCGCUCCCAGGCCUCCUCACCGAUCCGCGUCCUGCCCGUUCAGCCAGACCGCCCGAAGCGGCAGUAACGGUGUUCGCUUACACUGGAUGACUCAGUGGUGUGUCUCCCUAGAAACUUUCCGAGAUGAGUUAGAGCCUAACCAGAUCCUUAGAUCAGCCCCAGAUUCCUCUCCUGGAAUUUUUGUAUAUGACAAUAUUUAUACGAUGCCAAACUAGUCCGCAGCUUUUAGAUAUGUUGGUUAAAACAUUUUUUAAAGCAAUAAGUUUAUAGAAAAAAAAGUUUCCAUUUAACGGAAGGCCGGGAGAUGUCCAGUGCCAACCCACAGGGUGUGCGGCCUUCUCCUCCGGGCCUGACACCUCAGGGGCCGUGGGCAGAACGGGCGACGAGCCGCCGCCACGCAGCGCCACGUGAGGAGGUGUGUGGGGGGCACACACGCCCCACGCAGCAACGGCAGUGUCCUUGUCCAGGCUGGGCUCUUACUGACGCAGUCAGCAGGUGGCUCCCUCCAGUCUGAUUUGUCUGGGAACUUCUGGGACGCAGGCGCCAAGGCUCACCCACGCCGAUGGCGUGGAUCCGCGUUUUCAGCCUUUGUUCGGUCCAAUAAACUCUGAGUAGACGGUCCUGA